AACCUGCUGCAGGCUGAAGUUGAGGAACUACGGGUAGCCCUGGAGCAGACGGAGCGGUCGAGGAAAGUGGCUGAGCAGGAGCUUCUGGAUGCAAGUGAGCGUGUGCAGCUCCUCCAUACACAGAACACCAGCUUGAUCAACACCAAGAAGAAGCUGGAAUCAGAUAUUUCCCAAAUUCAGAGUGAAAUGGAGGAUACUAUCCAGGAAGCCCGCAAUGCUGAAGAGAAGGCCAAGAAGGCCAUCACAGAUGCGGCCAUGAUGGCAGAAGAGCUGAAGAAGGAGCAGGACACCAGCGCCCACCUGGAGAGGAUGAAGAAGAACCUGGACCAGACGGUGAAGGACCUGCAGCACCGUCUGGAUGAGGCUGAGCAGCUGGCACUGAAGGGAGGCAAGAAGCAA